AAUAGUAGGUAAGGUAAGUAGCUAUUUUUCCCGCAACAUUCAAAAGACCAAAAUAGAAACAGACAAGCAAAAAGAAAGAAAAAUCAAUACAACAAAACACAAAAUGGUGCUUCUCCAAUUCCAAUCGAAUCUUCAUUUCCUUCCCACUUUCUAUUCCUUUAAUCCUUCCCGCUCCAACCCGAUACGCCAAUCCCCAUCUUCAUUUCGUCGCAGGACCUGGUCGCCCCUGACGGAAGCCGCUUUGAAGAGAAAUGUAGAGAAAAAGAAUGACAAGAAGAAGACAAAUAUCUGUACAGCUGACGAGCUUCACUACGUGCAAGUAGAGAAAUCGGAAUGGAGGGUGGCUCUUUGGAGGUACCUUCCUUCUCCAAAGGCGCCGUCCAGGAAUCAUCCGUUGAUGCUUUUGUCAGGCGUUGGGACCAAUGCUAUUGGUUAUGAUCUCUCCCCUGAGUCCUCGUUUGCACGCUUCAUGUCUGGUCAAGGAUAUGAUACAUGGAUUCUUGAACUCAGAGGUGCUGGCUUGAGUGCACAAGGAGUGGACAUUGGACAAGUUAAAGACCCUUUAGAUGCUAUGUCCCAGAGGAAGGAUUUUUAUGUUAAGGAUGGAAAAUGUGGUACUCAUGCCUAUACAAAUUAUAAGAGUUUUUCAAUCAAAGGAAGCUUUUCAGGCUUUUCAGAAACAGAAAAAGGAUUUGAUUUUGCUGGUCAAGUUAAGGAUUUUAUCCAAAAGCUUGUAAAUAUAAUUGAAGAAGCUGAAAGAUCAUCUCCAGCACGGCUUUUUGAUAUGCAAAGCCACAUUUCUACAGCACUAAAAGAUGUGCAGAAACAACUUGAUCUUGUUGCGAAGUAUGACUGGGAUUUUGAUCACUACCUAGAAGAAGAUGUCCCUGCUGCGAUGGAAUACAUAAAGGCUAAGAGCAAACCAAAGGAUGACAAGUUGCUUGCAGUUGGUCAUUCGAUGGGGGGUAUCCUGCUUUAUGCGAUGCUAUCACGAUGUUGUUUUGAAGGUAAGGAUUCUGGAUUGGCAUCGGUCACUACUUUGGCAUCAUCAUUGGACUAUAUGUCUUCUAAAUCAUCACUCAAACUGCUUUUACCCCUGGCAGACCCUGCACAAGUCCUGAAUGUUCCUGUCAUUCCAAUCGGGACAUUGCUUGCUGCUGCCCAUCCUUUUGCAACUCGCCCUCCCUACAUCCUAUCUUGGUUGAAUUCUCAAAUUUCUGCCCCAGACAUGAUGCCGCCAAAGUUGUUUGACAAACUUGUUAUGGAAAACUUUGAGACAGUGCCUGCCAAGCUUCUAUUGCAGCUAACAACAGCCUUUCAGGAGGGUGGAUUGCGUGACAGGAGUGGAAUGUUCUUCUACAAGGAUCAUCUCAGUAAAAGCAACGUCCCUGUCUUAGCAAUUGCUGGAGACCAAGAUUUGAUCUGCCCGCCUGAAGCGGUAUAUGAAACAGUGAAGCUCAUUCCUAAGCCAUUGGUUGCUUACAAAGUUUUCGGAGAACCAGGUGGUCCACAUUAUGCUCACUAUGAUAUAGUGGGUGGCCGACUGAAAGGAGCUGAUAGAAAGAAUCUUCGAGGCAGUCUAGAUCAAGUACAUACAUUAAGGAGGUACAGGAAGCAUUUAUAUUGUUGUAUUCAAGGAAUUGGGAUGGGAUGUAUUCCCAGUCAACAAAGGCAGCUUUUGACUCAAGGAAAGCGUGGGUUGCGUGAGGAGACUUGCAGUUGUAUAUUUAAGCAAAGCACAACCCACAUGUACAUUCAAAAAUGAAUUAUUUUAGGUACAUUUCU